UUUGUCUCUGUUUCUGUUGCUUAGGAGAUGGGAAUCACCGACAGUGACUUCAACUGCUACUAUUUCUCGUAUUUACUGGAACACACCACUUUUGAAACAGCUAUUGCAUUUGUUGAGAAUAAAACAUUUAUCCCAGUUAUUGGUGCAAUUAAACCAUAUGCACUUUACCAGUUCAAAAAAACUGCUGACUGGAAGUCUUUUCUGAAGAUUUUAAGAUUGUGCAAGGAAAUGAUGGCACCCGUGAAACCCCUGACUGAAAUGAUCAACAGUUGGAUAGUAAUGGUGAUUAGAAUGAAAGACUGGAAGUCUCUGGAAGCAAUUCUUAAUGAAAUGAAGUUACAGAAUUUCUCUGUUGACUCUGAGUUCUUCACUGUGAAUAUUCAGGGUGUUCCCGAGGCUUUACAAGCUAACCCACUUGCCAAUUAUACCACCAGCCAACUUCAAGACUAUGUGUCGAAAACGAAUAACAACACGGCUAAGAAAUUGCUUCUGGUGCGCUACUGUGCCACUGGGGAUGUUACUCAAGCUGAAAAACUGAAGGCGUCUCUGGAUAAAGAAGGAUUCUUUUAUCCCCCUCUGGUACUACGCCAGUUGAUCUUCUUAAAUGCCAUGUACAAGAAGGAUUUGAAGGAAGCUCUGAAAUAUCUCGCUCUGAUGGAAGACCAAUUUCCAGACUAUACAGAUUACACCAGAGCUCUUCUGAAUGUUGCUGCUUUGAUGAUAGAUGAGGGAAAAGUUUCAGACGCUGUGGCAUUACUUGAGACCUAUGCUGAUAAACAUGGCAAAUAUAUGGCUAAUGCACAGAUGUCUUCUGGUUAUGCCUUCGAGAGAGACUGCAGCACUGUUGUAUUCAACUGUGCCAAAACUCAAGACCUUUCUGCAACCAAGAAUGUUCUCUCUACACUCUUUAAAUUGGGUUUCAUUAAACCAGCCACCUUUGAACUGUUGGAAUCCGUGAUGAAGGGUUACAUUGAAAGGGAGGACGGUAACCAGGUACUGGAAGCUAUAGACUGGCUCAUCACAGAAUAUAGUCGAGCCCCUUGUGUUGACAGUGUGCUACAGAUGUUUAUUACAAAAGAAGAUCCUGAAAAACUACAGAAAGCUAUUGAUCGAGUGACGCCGAUUCAUGGUGAGUUAAAUGUACUGCACCAACUGAUGGUAAAUCUCAUUGAUUGUGGACAUUAUAAGAAAGCCAAGAAGAUCUUGGAGACCCCAGGUAUACGUGCUGCUAUGAUACGUCUCAAGAUAGGAUGCGAGACCUUGAUUAGUAAGGAAAAGAUUUCUGAAUUGGAACAACUUGUGGAGAUGACUAAGAAUUUAUUUGGUGUUGAUAGGGAUGAGAUGCUGUUCCAGUUAAUCAGAGGAUAUGGUUAGUGC